CUGGUGUUGCGUGGUGCAGAGUCGCCUCCAGCCCUCACCAAUCAAGCCAAUCAGCGACAACCUUCGUUCUUUAGGUGUCAGUUUAGUACAUCAACUUGGGAGCGGGGGAGUAAAGAGUACCUUAUUCUGCCAGUGGGAUUCAACGGUACAUCAACUCGCCAAAUCAGUCAGCAUCUUCCCAAAUACUCCAAUCGUACCCUAGAAAUUGAGACAAGCCCAAUAGAAGACGAUGCAUGUGAGUUUGUUGUUGAAGGUGAAGGUGAGUUCGUCCUCCAGCAUAUCGUCUUCCUCAAGCGAAGGUGCAGGUUGUGUUCGUUGUUAAUCUUCUGUUGUAUUCAGAUCAUGACGAAACGAAAUGCAUUCCAUUUCGCUUACAGGUUUGAGAAGCAGACAAAUGUCUUAUGGAAAUUGCUAUUGUGGAAUUCCAGCAAAGAUAAUGAUUUCAUGGACAAAUGACAAUCGAGGAAGACGAUUCAUCGCCUGCUCAAGAGGUACAGGUGCCUGUUGCAACAUGUUCGAAUGGCUUGAUGAAGAAAUGUGUUAUAGGUCCACGAUGAUUAUUCCUGGUUUAUUGAGGAAAAUAAAGAAAUUGGAAGUUAGGCUUGUUGAGGAGAAGGCAAAGGAAAAAGGCUUGUCUAAAAAACAGAGAAUUUGGAGUGUCUUGUGGUGCAUUCUUGCAGGAUUAGUGCUGGUCGUGAUAUGGCUUGUUUUGAAUGACACUGGAAGCAAGAAGAAGGUAGCUUGGAAGGUGUGUGAUGCUGGCAUGAAUUGAGUUAGAAUGGAAGUUUUAUGAACUGAUGUAUCAUUUUGUUAUCUUUGAUGUAUCACUAUCUUAGCUUUGAUGUAUCAGAACUAGGUGUAACGAUUUCAGCUUAUGUUUGAUGUAUUAGUUCUUAGGUAUGAUUUAUCAGUUGCUUAGGUUUGAUGUAUCAGUUUAAGUUGAUGUAAUUUAGGUGUAUCAUUUGCUGACUUUUAUUUAGACCAUUUCAUAUGAGUUGCUUAGGUAUGACUCUGUUUCUUUGAAUGAUAUGGACCAUAUAGUAGCAGUGAAUCAAUGAAGUCACUUUUGG